CCAGAGACCAUAAGAUGGAUCGGAUCAACAGGAUUACUCAAGAGGAAGAAGAGCGCCAGGAAACGUCAGCAAAUAACCGUGUUACCUGUGUGUAGGUGAGAAAUGGCUACCGGAGUGGAUCAAGCCGCUGGCAUGAGUCUCGUCGUCUUCAGCCUCGUGCUGUUCACGUACUACUCUGUGUGGGUCAUCGUCCUGCCCUUCGUGGACAGCGAUCACUUCCUGCACAAGUACUUCCUUCCUCGGGAGUACUCGGUCAUUCUGCCUGGUGUUGCAGCAGUAAUACUGCUCAUCUGUAUCGGAGCCUUCACUGCUGUUGUCAUGUGGAAGAAUCGGAAGCCGAAGAAAGCGGAAUAAAAAACAUCUCUGAAAAUCACCGCCCUGUUUGUAUAAAUACUCCUCACAGUCACUCUUACAGAAGCGUUUUUGAUGAGGAAAGUUUCCCUGUCUUAAUUCUGCAUUUAAAACGUCGACUUUGGCGCCCUCAAGUGGCAGCAUUAAAAAAUGACUGCGUGCACUGAAGGAAAAGGUCGUGAUCUGAUCUUCUGCACAGACACAACUGAAUAAACCAAGAGCACACAAACAUUCGUACGUGUUAUUGAGAAGCCUUUGUGCUAACGACUUCUCCAAAGACCUCCUGGAAGCUUCCCCACAUCUCUGAGGUAAUGCUGCGUGGACAGGUGAGACAGAAGGCACCAAAACGUCAUCACAUCCUGGGGGAGGGCGCAUCACGGUCUGGGCUGCUCUGCUCCCAGUGAGACAUCAGUGAUUAUAAAACCUGACGAAGACAUUUCCAGGUGAACGUCGAUGCAGGACUUCAUGAGCUGAAGCUUUGGAGCGCUGCGGUGAUGCAACAAGGCAAUAACCCAAAAAAGGGCUGUUAAUCAGAAAUGUGGAUGAGCUGAAAGUUUGUCUGAGGAACUGUCCAACAUUCCUCUUCAUCAUCGUGGAAGUUUUAUACGGAGCUACAGGGAACGUCAAAGUCUAGAAGGAAUUCUCAGCAGCCGUCCUGAAGUUUACCCUGAAAUCAUUUUUUUUUCUCUCCAUUCAGCGCAGCCUCGCAGCAGCUCAUGAGUCACUCACGACCCUCUAAAUAAUUCGUUCUCCUGGACACAGACUUUCCCGUCUGCUCGUAUAUGAGCUCAUUACUUGUGUCAAUGGAAACAAAACUAGUGUUUUUCACUUGAAAGGGUGGAAACGUCCACAUGUGGAGGGUGAAGCAGGAGGUGGUGAAGUCACUCACACCUGAGAUUCAAGUUUGAGUCCCACAUGUUUACAGGAAGUGUUUUUAAAUGUUUUAAUUAAAAUUGCAUUAUUUGUCAGAGAAGGUCAGCAUGUUGCUCUGAGACCGCGCUGCUCUGUCAGAAUGUGUCCACCUGAAGGAUGUUGAUGCUGAACGAGUGAUUAAUGUGUUUAAUAAAGUCCUGAUGAGUGCA